AUGCGUGAGUUCACAGAACAAUCGGGGCCUCAGCUGGAGGGCAAGGUGGAUCCGGCAACAGGCUCACCACUUGACUACUUUUUCAUCCUCUUUCCACUGACUCUGCUCCAGCUGCUGGUUGUUCAUACCAACGCCUAUGCAACCUUCUGCAUGGCAAGGGAUGGUCUGGACAGCUCCUGGGCUGAAGUCACAGAGACAGAGAUGCGGGCCUUCCCUGGCAUCAACAUUCUGAUGGUCCAGCGACAUGUUUUUUGGACUGCGAGGAGUGCAGAUGACCAUGACACGGAACCGAUCCGCCAGGUGAUAGACACUCUACUUCAGACAUUCAGGAACUCGUAUGUAUUGUCUAGAGAUGUGGCAGUGGAUGAAGCGAUGAUAGGAUACACGGGACGCUUAUCCUUUCGAAGAUACAUGCCUGCGAAACCAAUCAAGCGUGGUAUCAAGUGCUGGAUGCUGUGCGAUUCCAGAUUAGGAUACCUUACUAAUUUUGAAGUUUACCUGGGACGUGACCGUGAUAAUGUGGAGCAUGGACUGGCCUACAAUGUUGUCAUGAGACUCACACGAUUUAUCAGAAAUACCUUCAGAUGGGUCUCCUUUGACAAUUUCUUCACUGGACUUCCUCUGGUGAAAUCCCUUCUCCAAAAUGGACUGUAUUCAUGUGGCACAGUGAGGUGCAAUCGGAAGGGAUUUCCCCAACAGCUGAAGAAGCCAGCAGCUCUUCGACAAAGAGGCGACUCGCAAGUCCUGCAGCUUGGGGACAGCAACAUCACAGCCUCUGUCUGGAUGGACCGCAAGCCUGUGCACCAUUUGUCCAGCAAGUGA